GUGCAAAGAGGAAACUCCACAUUCGGUCAACACGGUUCCAUUUUGCAUGGUGGAGAGAGUGGGAACAUGCUGCAGGAAGGAAGGGGGGGUUUAUGUUAUGCCAAUGGACAAAUCGGUCGGUUUGGAAUGACAUUAUGUCAAACGUUAAUCCACCCCACUCGGAGGACCACCCCAUCGUCGUCGUCGUCGUCGUGUGUGCGAAGGCCAACUCAUGUUCGCGCAAGAUGGAUGGUCACGGGGCGGGAUGUUGGAGAAAAAAAGGGUAUCAUGGAAACGACGGUGCGGGAAAUUGUGAAACACCAACACCACAAGCGGAUUACCAUGGGAUCUAGGGAUGUGGGAUUAACAUCCCUUUCCGUUCAUCCCCCCCUCCCCUAUACAGGGGGCGGGUAGGUUGUCUAAUGAGGGACAUCAACCUUCCGGACGGGAGGUUGUAUUGGAGCGUUGUUACCACAAAACGGCAAAAGCCGGACGUCACUCAUGUCCUUGCUCCCGUUUUGCUCUUGGUGAGUUUUUCUUUGUUUGGUGGUGUGUUUGCAUCUCGCCCGUCAGGAGAACAGUGGGCAAGUAGUAUGGGUGUGCUUAGAACUGUCAUCCAUUUGACAGCUCGCCGUGUGUCGGCUUUAGCGUUUUGUGCGUUGUAUGGCGGUGCUGUCAGCGGCAAACAACAUCGCUGAUCAUUGUUUUCCGUCCGGAGACGAAUAGGUAUUGCCGUGUGCUUCUAAAACCACAGCAGAAGUUGAUGGACACUUCAACGCUAAACAACAAAGUGAAGCAAGAAGCAAUUGUUCGAUAGUGGUCUUCGUGGCGGUUCGGUUGAAUUGUUUGAUUGAUGUUUCGGUUACAGCGCACCACCUGACGCUAGAAGGCGCGUGUUUUUUUUGCGUUGUGUUGUAAAUGUUAUUGCUUCAACGAAGGAAGACAACAAGCAAAGAAGAAAGGAAGUGAUACGAAGAAAAUAUACUACGUCGCACUUGGUCGCACUACUCCACGACACCGGUGGAGGCCAAACGCACAUCCUGCUAAGGAAACUGUGCUCUGGAAAGGGCACAGGCGCAACACGUCUGUAUGUGUGCUUCGUUGUGCGUAUGUUCACGCGCUUGUGUAUGUGUGUGUGUACAGUGCUGUGUAGUGUAGUGUGAGAUCUUCGUACAGCACACAACCCCAGUAUAGUAUUUGUUUACAUGUGCUUUUGCUGCCCUUAGUUGGCAGCUUCGAUCGAUCGUUCUAUUUUAUCGUAUUUUUUUCGUGUGUCGUCGCCACUGCCGCCGUCCAUGGUUCCACGGCAUCGGUUGGAAAAUAUCGUAGCAAUAUAGUGUAGCAGAAAACCGAGUGGCUCACAGAGCGCGUUGUGUCGUAUCAGUAGCAGCCUGUAGCCAGCCAAGCACCCCGAAAAAUAUCGCCGCAGUUUGCCGCAGUUGUUCCGUACCGUCGGUCGUAGUGACGCCGCACAUCUUUGUCAUCUCGGGCGGGUUGGGCUAACGAUGGCAAUGAUGGUGAUGGUGAUGCUGGUGUGCAAUAAUCGUAGUAGCAGCGCCCGUAGCCGUAGCAACAACAACAACAACGACGUACACCGCGGCAGCAAGCUGCUAGUGUCGUGAUAGUGGUGGAAUUGAUUUCUCGUAGUGCGUGCGUGUGUUUGUGUGUGUAUGCGCUGCUGCUUGGGCGAAGAGUUUAAGAUCCGCCUGUCCAUCUGGUCACAACCCGCGCACCACGCAACUCAGUGCGGAAAAGCGGAAGUGGUGAAAAAGUGCAAAAGCAAAAGAAAAGUUUAGAGAAGAAAAGCGAAAAAGCAAGAAAAUUCCCGCAGUGUGUGCUAGGCACAGUUAUCACAUGUGUGCGUAUGUGUGUGUAUGUUGUGCUAUUUGUAUGUGCCCCGGGGCGUUAGUGUACCAUACUGAUUCGCGCGUUUACGGCGGAUCGUGCUAAGAGUAUUGUUUACGCGACAACGAUCGCGGUCCCAAACGGGAGUGUGCGUGCGUGCGUUUUGGUGCAGCAAGUGAAAGGGUCACCGCGUAAUAGUGUGACCGAUCGGCUGUGUCGAGUCGAGUACGGGAAUACGGGAAAAGAAAGGAAAACUUUGUUUUUUUCUUUUAAUUGGUAAACCCCCCCCCUUCCCCGCUCCCAUCAAUCCGUGCUCCCCCGCGUCCUCAUUGUAUCCGUUGUGUUAUACCCGUGUUUAAUGUGUGUGUGUGUGUGCGCGUGAAAAUGUAUGUAUGCCACGAUAAUGAUGGCGGUUGCGAAUGUGAUGAUUGAUAAGAAUGUUGUGCGACCGUCCACAUCGUCAUCGUCAGCGCCACCAGCAGCAUUAUCAUUCCCGUCAUCAGCCGCGCGCCGUGUGUGGUAGUGUGCUGCGGUGCAAAAGUCAUCCAAUUUACCAAAUCCCUUUGCGUCUCGUCGGCGGCGGCUUAGUGGCGAUACUGAGUGUGCGUUUGUGUGUUUUGGGGCGAGGAGAACGGCCUCUUUGUGUAUCCGUGGGCGGUGUGUGUGUGUGUAUGAUUAAGGUGAACCGCUGAUUCGCACACAACACAACAGCAGCAACUCCCCGACACGGAACGGUGUACGAGCCAAAGGUACAUCGAAUUUUACUCACACAGUAGCAGCGGCGGCGGCUCCAGGCAACGAUCAACACGCCGGCAGCAGGAAGUGCUAAACCAUUUCCUCCAAAAACCCGGAACCGAACCGCGCAUAUUUCGUUGUCGGGCCCCCCCGGGUUAGUGGCACACUGCUCUUUGCUGGAGACACGCUACCUUUCGAAAACGGCCGCACUCUACAGCGUUAGGAUAGCAACAAAAUUAGUAUGGAAAAAGCAAAGGCAUACAUCAAAAACGAAUUACGUGGGGGCUCCCUAGCGCAACCGGAGCCCCCGCCACCACCGUCGCACCAUCAACACCACCAGCAACAGCAUCAGCAGCAACUGCCUCAACAGCACCAGCCGGUUCCAAACUCCUCCGCCCAUCCGUAUCAUCCGCACCAGCAGCAUCUGCAACAUGGGCAAUCAGCAACGUCGCAUCCAGCACAUCUGCUGCCGGUAGUGUCACAGCACAGUACACCGGUCUCAGCUGCUGCCUACCAUCCGCACCACCCAUCGGUGGGUUCCCGUUCACCCUCGGUCGUGUCGAUGGACGAUCCGGCCAACAUUUGUUACGUGUGCGGUGCCCAAGGCGCACAGGACAAAUACUACCUGCGGGUACGCCAGAACCCGGACAAUCCGAACGAACCGCACUUUCCACUGUUAGAGUCACACACACCACCCGCCGGCGUACCUGCCUGGACACCGGCCAAAGUAGGAGUCAGGUCCUGUUACCUGUGCUUCACGACCUUUGCCCAGCAGUGGGAUUAUCAUGAACGGGAGGGCAAACCACUCUCCCAACGGUUGUACUGGUUAAAGCGCACGGAUGACAAAAACUACAUCGGUGCGGAGAUGAACAGCCAGGGCGAGUAUGCGGCACAGGUGCUGGGAUUAAGCGCGGACCAUCUCGGUGGUGGUCCACCACCACCCGGUGGAUACGGAGGUGGUGCACCACCCCAAUCUGCGGGUGGUCGUCUAGUGUCCGAAAGUCCACGUUCCUCCCAGUCACAGGCAUCAGGAGCACCGUCCGUGCCCUACCCUCUACCUACGCUACCGCGCAACGAAAGUCCUCUUCGGGGGGCACCACCACAGCGGAAUGAAUCACCUCAUUCGAAGGGUGAUGGAGGUGGUUCUAACACUACCACCGCACCACCGUAUCAUCCCGCGAAGCGCUUCCUCGAAAAUCAUCUCGCAAGCCAGCAAGCAGGCGUGGGAGCCGGAACGAACGCGGCCACCAACACCGUCCAAUCGCAACAGGGCCCAACGUCGCGUCCCUCGAGCCGGAACGAGAAGUCAACUACACCGCGUCCGGGUACGCACGAUAAUCCGUCACCGGUACCAUCGCCUGCCGGUGCGAACUUGCGCUUCGAUGGCCGGAAGAUGUCGUCCUUUGCGCAUCACAAGCUCAAAAUGGUGAACUACAAUAAUGCGGGUUCGGAGCCACACCACAGAAAUCAUCAGCAUCUCGGCACGGCUGGUCCACUGUCGUCGUCGUCCACCUCCUCACAUUCGACCCAGCAGCAGCAGCAACAGCAACAACAGCAACAACAGCUGCAUCAUCUUCGGCUGGAGGAAGAAGGAGCGUUGGAUCUGCGGAAUUCGGCCACCGGGAGUGUUGGUGGUGGUGGCGGCGUGAGUACAUCUUCGGUGGGUGGUUUGCUUCCGCUCGGACUGGCUGACGAGAAUAGUUUGCGUGGAAGUGGCAGCAAUAGCAAUGGUAGUACCGGCAGCACUGGCACGGACAUUCUCGAUCUCUCGAUGCCGGACAAGAACUCAAUGACGGAGGUGUGCUAUGUGUGCGGUGAUGAACAUAGACGAGGUAGUUUGAUGGAAAUCGCCACCGUCAAACCGAAGGACGUAAAGGACCAGGAAAAGCCCUAUUUUCCAAUAUUCGACGAAACGCACGCUAGACCGGCCCGGUCACGUCCGAAAGACCCGAAAGGAAUGGUACAGGCAUGCAAGGCAUGUCACCAGUAUCUGCUCAAUCAGUGGCAACAGUUCAACAUUCGUUCAAUACCCGAGGCUCAGCGGAAGUAUCAGAUCCGGAAACGCCAAAACACUCAGGAACGGUCGGCUACGUUCGUGUGCUACACUUGCGGUACCGAUACGCCGUCCUCGCAACUACGCUUAGUGUACUGCUGCCCGAAUGCGGAACGGGAACCAUACUUUCCGUUCAUCAAGUCCCUGAAAGCACCGACCAAUGCUAGUCCAAUAAGUCCACAGGGGAUGGUGCAAAUAUGUUCCACGUGCAAUAAGAAAAACGCCCACCGGGCGGAGGGCGGCACUGUUAGCAAUGUGGACGAACGUUAUCCGUCUCCGACGAAAAUGACGUCUAGUGUGAUAAAUGAGGUUGUACGAUAUAAGCCUUAUGAAUUUGCCUCCGCUCUAUCUGGGGGACCGCUGCGGGACCAGAAGGGCAGUCGAAGAGAUUCAAGACCAAAUACACCACCUCACCUUCAAGGGCCAGUAGAAAACGGCCACGGUCAUCAAUGUACCAUUUGUAAGAAUACGUUCCCCGCCACAUCGAUGGAAUAUCUGUCCACUAGUGCCGAGCAUAUGAACUCGCAUGCGAUGCACUUUCCCUGUCUCAAGGGAAGCAACGAUCAGAGCCGUGUGUUGGCGUGCAAGAACUGUGUCGACAAGCUAACGAUCCAGUGGGAAACGAUGGAUGCCCAGCGUGUACCGCUCGAGCACCGGAAGUACAUUAUCCCUUCGCCAACGCCAAAUUCGGCUUCAAUAUCACCAGGUGGUGGAAGUCUUGUACGGCCACAAUCUAGCGUCGGUGGUACGCCACCGUCCACACCGGCUUCUACCGUUCCAAGUACCUCCGUGUACUGUUUCAUCUGCGGGUUACAUUCGGAACUGAGCUUUGCCCGGUUACUGUAUGCCAACAAGGAGGGAUCUCGGCCUUACUUUCCGUUCCUGUUACAGCACAAGUCACCGCACAAUGCUGAGCAGUUGCGCGGUGACAGUUCGGCGCUGGUCUGUACAUUCUGUUAUCACUCACUGCUGAACCAGUGGCGAAAGUACGAGGCGCAAAGUAAUAUUCCUCCACCGAGUGAGCGUGAGUACAACUUUCACGAUUACUGUUGCCAUCUUUGCGGCAUAACGACGUACCGGAAGCGUGUCCGGGCGUUACCGAUACGGGAGUACCCGUUCGUAGCUAACCGAAAGUGUGAUGGCAUACUGCUGGAGAACGGUGAUUACGCAGUGGUAUGCCUGGACUGUUAUGAAAGUUUAAGGCAACAAUCGGCCGAGUACGAUCGGUUCGGAGUGGCAAUUGAAAAGCGAGAAUACAAUUGGGUUGCUCAACCACCACCACCUGAGGAUAGCCCGGAAGUAUCGGUGGCGCGUCUACCGAGCGGGGAGCGGUCUGAUAAGGCGAUCAAGAAUUCUCAAGGAGGACUUCGUUCGGCACCGAACAAGAAAAAUUGUUCACCGAAGGUCGCAAACGAUAAGCGGGAUGCAUUACAAUCGAAACUAGCACAAAAACGUCCCGUCACCAGUCCAGCGCCGCCCGUUCUUCCCUCCACCCAGCAACUGCUACACCAUCCGUCUUCCUCCCCACAUUCGAAUCACCUGCUCAGUGGUCCGAACCAUCUUCCGCCCGGUGCUUCGCCGGGACUGGUUCCACCGCCACCACAGCAGACCCCGCUCGGUGUACCGUCGGUGGCGCACGGUGGGACGGCUGCUAUACAUGCUUCGCCUAACGCCCAAAACCCUUCAUCCGGUGGACGCAGUAGUAGUGGUGCUGGUGGUGGAGCUGGUGCAGGUGGUGGUGGCGGUGGUGGUAGUGCAGGGUCGUUUGCAGCUGCACUGCGAAACCUCGCCAAGCAAGCGGACGUCAAGGAGGACGAACCGGGGUCCGGUGCGGGUGGUGCUGGUGGUGUAGGUGCACCCGGCGGCGGCAGUUCCAGCGGAGGUCCUGGCCCAGGAGGUGGAGGUGGCGGGGGUGCGGGUGGAGGAGGAGGAGGUGGCAGAGACAGAGAUCAUCGUGAUCGGGAUCGUGAGCGUGGUGGAGAUGGCAGUGGGAUGCAAAUGGUGGACGGUCGCGGAAAUUCAAUGUCCUCGAUGGUGGUGGAUAGACGAGAAGAUUCGAGGGGGAACAUCAUUAGCGACGGAAGGAUACGAAGCGGUGACGGACGGGAUGGUCGGGGCGGAGGUGUUGAUGGGGCGAAGAAGCAACAUCAACAGCAGCAGCGUUCCUCACCACAACCACCAGAGAAGAUGCCGCGUUUAAACCCGCCCAGUUCGAAUACUAUCCAGUCGGAACUGUUGGCCCGCAGUGGGUUCCAGCCGUACAGACCGGACGAUCGGCUCGCCCAUCCUGCCGGAGCAUUUCCCAUUGAUGCAUAUUCAGCUUUUGGAUCCAUACCCGGCAUGCCUCCAGCAAAUCUCUUCAAUCCGGCAGCACUAGCGUAUCACGAUCCGGCCAUCUAUUUGGAUCCACGCUACCAGAUGCUCCGGGCAGGCCACCACUCGGCGGCGGCUCAUCCCCUCUAUCCGUCCCUUCCCUAUCCGACAAACCUGUACGGUAUGCUGCCCGGGAUGGGAAUGCAAAGCAUCCACGAGCGUAUGAAGCUCGAGGAGGAGCACAGGGCUGCCCGGUUGCGUGAGGAAGAACGUGCCCGCGAGCAGGCCCGGGAAGCAGCGAUCGAGCGUGAAAAGGAGCGCGAGCUUCGAGAGCAGCGGGAACGCGAGCAGCGCGAGAAAGAACAACGGGAAAAGGAGCAACGCGAGAAGGAGGAGCGCGAACGGCAGCAGCGGGAAAAGGAGCAGCGUGAACGUGAGCAGCGCGAAAAGGAGCGCGAGCGUGAGGCGGCUCGCGAGCGGGAACGUGAGCGGGAGCGGGAGCGAGAGCGUGAGCGCAUGAUGCACAUGAUGCCUCACACGCUGCCCCGACCGUUCUUCUCGAUACCGGGUCUACCGCCUGGUUUGUCGACACCGCUCGGGCUUGGUAUGCGGCCCCAGGGUGGCCCACUCGGGUUGCCCUCGCAUCAUCCGCUGCAUCCAUCGCUGGGACUAAGCAUGGGUCUCGGGUUGCCACAAGUGCCACAACCACCGUCGGCCUCAUCCCUCAAUCUGUCGCAUCCGUCUGCGGGUAUGGUGCCGCAACCACCGCCACCGGGCAGCGCACUCGGUCAUCCAUCCAUACCGACCAGCCUGGCAGCGGCAGCGGCCGCCUAUAGCCACAGCAUCGCAUCCACGAUGAGCUCCUACCACUCGUCGAUGGCACACAUCGGUGGGUUGAAUCUGUCCCACACGGCGGCGCUGGCAAACGCCCAGAACCUCAGCCUGGCCGGUCACAUUCCGCCACCGGCGCACGGUUCGAUGAACCUGUCCGCCGGUGGAUCACCGGUAGCGGUCGUAUCCUCCCCCAACAGUGGUCACCAUCUUGCACCGUCGCCGCACCACCUCACGUCACCGCAUGGUGCACCGCUCGCCCUAACGUCCAGCAAAUCAUCCACCCAUCCGUCACCGCAUCCGGCCACCAGAGCUUCACCGUCGUCACCGGUUGUGGCGACGAGCAGCAGCAGUAGUACAGCGGCCCCGAACAGUGCGGCGGCACCCCAUCCAUACUAUACGGCCGCCGCAAUGGCAGCAGCAGCGGCGUCUCCGCUAUCGCUCAGCAGCAAACCACCCCACCCCCAUCCGGGCCUUUCCUCACACUCGCCGGUGGGUGGUGGCGGUGGAAGCCAUCAUCUGCAUCAUCUGCAUCAUCAUCCGGCGCCACCGCCCGGUUCGCAUCCGGGAGCACAAACGCAACCGCCGCUCUCGCAACAUCCGCCGGGAGCGAGUGGACGUAGCAGUGCGGUCAUAACGCCACCAACCACACACCAUCAAGCGGUGGCGGCGGCCCAUCAUCACCAUCUUCAUCAUCAUGCGGCAAUGGCUGCUGCUGCAGCCGCUGCAGCAUCACAGGAACGCGCAUCAGCCCAACAGCAGCAGCAUCGCGGAUCAUCGGCUCCCCAUCGAGUGGAACAGCCAAUUGCUAAUGCGCCACCCUCAUCGGUACCAUCUUCCGUCGCGGGUCCACCUGGUCCACCAGUGUCAGUAGCAGCAGGAACCACGGAACACAGUGUAAAUAGUACAAACGUCGCUAGUAUUAACAGUACCACCAACAGUUCGACCGUUGGACCGACUGGCAACGGUAAUACGGAUUCGGUUGGCAAAUCGCGCUCUCCGACAGGUGUUACCGUAGUUCCCGAUUCCCAUAACAGCACAAACGUGAUUAAAUCAACCGCUAGCAGUGAAUCGGAGACAGUUGGUGGAGGUGGAGGUGCUGGUGUGAUUAAACGCUCCGGCUCAUCUUCGCCGGGAACGCGGGAAAGCCCUGGAGCACGUGCAGGAACGCCCGGUGGGGAAGCGCACGAAACGAACGGUGGCGGUAGCAGUACGAUGGCGGAAUCGCGCCCAGUUUCACGCAGUGCCACAGACGAAGCGUCCAAGGAUAGCAUUGUGGUGAAGGAAGACAGAACGGCGGCCCCCAUUGCAGGAAACACUCCUGCCGAUGCGAAGGAAAACGCAAAGGAAUCACUAUCGAACAAUCACGGAUCGAGCGAUAAUGGAGCGGUGGAUAAGCAUCGGCAGCAGCAAUCUACACCGCCCGGGUCUGCGAUAGCGAUCAACAGUAAUGGUAGUGCGGGUGGCCCACAGAACACAACUGCCGGAUCACCGGAUGCAGCUGCAACGGCCAAGAGCGGUGGCAGUCCAGCAGAAAUGAUCGGUGCGGGAACGACACACGAAAGACGAUCACCAUCGAUACCGAACAACAGCACAGCAGCGGCAGCAGCCGUCACUGCAACGCCCACAGGUACAACCGCCGGAACCACACUAGUGUCGACGACAGGUAAUAGCAAAGGACUUGUCGACACAUCACAACAGGAAGAUCGUCACGCAAAAGAACAGCAAGCGGUAAUAGCAGCGCCCGCGUCAAAGCGCGAUCGUCGAACAUCGUCCGGACCACCACACCCGGAACUACCACCGGAAGCACCGACAGAAAAGCUCGAUAGUAGUGGUGGUGGAACGGAAAAUGGAAAGAAAGCAUCACUGGUAGGGAGUGAGCGUAGUGAAGCGACACCUGCCGUCGUGAUAGAGGGAGCUUUAAACAAUGGUGCACGCGGUGGGGACAGUAGGUGAGGGACGUGGACAGGAUUUUUGGGAUGAUAGGGAUCAACAAUUAGUGGAACACAUUUGUUCCUCUCACAAGCGAUUCCUGAUAACUGCGUUCGUUCUUCUGCUGUUGCUUACCAGAGUUCGUUCUCUGGUAAGAUGAUGUACUGACAGAGGCACGUAAGCAUUGCAAGCUUGCAUUUAGUCAUGGUUAUCUUUGGUGAAGAGAUUUCGCACAAUCUUUAGCAAAACUACCAUGGUUCUACGGGUGAUCUCUGAUGUAGAUAUGAGCUGUAGAUGAAAUUCUAGAAGAAGCGUGGUCCUCUGUGGCGUAAUCAUCCGUUUACUGGAAAGGCAAACGACUUAACAGCACACAAACAAGAAUAACGAUGAUGGGAAAGUACUAUUUCCUUGAAAAUUUUGCACAAAUCAAAUGCAUCCCGUGAGUCCUGGAUGUUAGUUAAGCAAUUGGGAGAGUGGCGGAUAGUAGUGAUCGUAUAUUCUUCCAUUUUUCUUUCGGACUUAUCAAUUGUACAUACGGCACAUUUUGUCAAUCGAAAUUGGACAAAACAGUUAAAGCUUAAGCUCCCCCGGAACGUGCUUGCUUUGGUACAUGCAUACAAUAUAGGAGAGCGGGGUCACUAGCGAACCUUUGGCAAUGGUUUGUGGAACGGACAUGUAGUUAGUUGAUAAGAAUUGUAGGUUAGGAAAACAAAAAAGAUCGAAACAAAGAAAUCGUACACAGAAGUUAAAGAUGCUGAUGUGAGAAGCGAAGAAUGCAUCGGGUAGUUCCAUUGGUGCCCUACCAAUAAGGUUUUAGUUAGUAAACUGUUCUUUUAAUCCCUGUUCUUCUCAUUCUUUCUGUCGCUGUCCUUCUAUCUCACACACACACACACGCGCGCGCAUGCAUAAAAACAGACGGAUCUUAUUUUUUGUUAGCUACUUCUGAUUUGAAGUCCGAAGAUGAUGGUCUAACUAAUGUUCACAACUUGUGUGCGAAAACAUUGAUGUUGCGCAAAGAGGGUGCAUAUAGGAGACAAACAUUAUAUUACAAAUGAAGCCCGUUUUCUCCCGCCUUCUGUGUUUUACUCGUCAGCUGAAACAUACGAGCCACAACGAUCACAUUUCCAUUCGAUCGAUAUGCUCCCAGUACUAGUGCUAAUUUUCUUUACCAAACCACCUCCUUCCCGUCCCACAUACACACACACACACUCUACUAACGCGGUGUACAGGGAAGUGAGAAACAAUUUAGACAGGAAGAUGUACGAUUAUUACCAUUACCUACUACAACUACUAUUAUUAUUAUUAUUAUAAUUAUUUUAUUCCUACUUUUACGGCGCAUAUCAUUAUGCUUACAAAACGAUCUACAAGUACAUACGAUACAUAAUACGAACCCGAUUGCAGUACAGUAGCGUAAACGGUAGAAAUACAAAACAAAGCAAGAACAUACUUUAGUGUUUGAUGUGUUUGUACAACUGUGUCCUCUAUUAAUGAUUAGGGUAAUAAAUGAAUUGCUUUAAAAUCUUUCGUAAACAGAAGCAAAUAAAACAUAACGGUAGAGUGAGUCAUACGAAACAGAGAGAUAGAUAGAGAGAAAGAAUAGAAGAGGAAAACAGACAAAUGAAAUGGAAACAGAUUUUCUUCUUUUUUGUUUGUUUGUUUAAUAAGCUUAAGUUGCCACACAACACCCAAUGUGUGGAUAGACAAGAAGCGAAGAAUAAUGGUACGAUGACGGGAAGACCAGUGACGAAGAGAUGAGUGAAAUUUAGGGGCACGGUUGUAUGUGCGUUGGAAAAUAGAAAGGUAUGAAGAAAGCAAUUUCGCCAAUGAAAUACGAAAGAAAGAAAAAAAAAAUAGUUGACUGCGUCUAGGCAAUUGUGUAAUGAAAUGUUUGGGCAUGAGGAAACAAAAGCAAAAGGAUACGGCUAGAAAUUUGAAGAGAUAAAGUAGCAAACGGGGAACCGACAAAAAGGAAAACACACACACGCAUACACAAUAAUCAAAAGCAUACCAUCAAUUGUAUAA